AUGUCGACACUCAUCAUUCAUAAAAGACUGGGACCCAACGGUCCCUUUGGCUUGGUUCGAUAUAGAACACUGAAGGAAAAGGCUGUCCUAAGUUCCGAAUCACCCCCGAGUAUGUUCGAAAACAGUUUAAAAGCAGUUCAAAUGGCCACCAUGCUAGGAGUUUCUGAGAGAACUGAACAUGUACGAAGGCGCGCUGGAGAAUUUGGCAUAGAAUCAAGUGGAAGUUUCAGCCAUGUUGAUGAUGCUUCAUUGGACGCAACUAUAAGCAAUUUAUUGGUUCAAUAUCCCAAUUCUGGGUGGAAAUUGGUAAUUCAUGGUGGAGUUGAUGGUUUUUCAAGAAUUCCUGUUUAUUUGAGGUGCUCUGGAAACAACCAAGCAAGUACUGUUUUGGAGUUAUUCAAUGAGGCAGUUGCAGAAUAUGGAUUACCAUCAAGAGUUAGAAGUGACAAGGGUGGAGAAAACACUGAAGUAUCACUCUUUAUGCUUUCCAAUCCACAAAGAGGCCCAGGAAGGGGUAGCAUGAUUACUGGGAAAAGUGUACAUAACCAACAGAUUGAGAGACUUUGGAGGGAUGUCUACUAUCAAGUUACAUUCUUAUAUUACAAUUUUUUCUAUCACAUGGAAGGCUGCCAUGUUUUAGAUCCAGACAAUGGUGUGCACAUGUUUUGUUUACAUGAUGUGUUCAUCCCUCAUAUAAACAGAGAUUUGGCUGGCUUUGUGGCUGCAUGGAACAGGCAUGGAGUUACAUCAGCUGGAACAACACCAUUGCAGCUCUAUUCUGAUCUUGUAGUAGCACAAGAAGUAUUUGAUGAGAACUGCUCAUAUGGAAGUGACUGGGGUGGCCCUUUGCCACGAGAAGAGUGGGAUGGGCUUAUAGAUGGAGUGGAUGCUCCCUCCAUUCCAUGUCCCAUACAAGAAAUUGACCUGGAGAGACUCAAGAUUUUAGUCAGUCUCUUGGAUGAAAAUGACUGUUAUGGUUUAGACAGUUUCUUAAAAGUGUUGUCCUUUGUGAGUGACUACUUACCCUGAUCUUUUCCUUAUCAGAAGCUUGGCAUAUAUAAUAAUUUUUAGUGAAGGUAUUUUUCCAUUGAGAUGGUGAGUAAAUGUUAGGACAAAGGAAAAGUUUUGCAUUGGUGUGCAGUCACACCAAAUAAUACUUGGUUCUUAGGCGUGUUUUCUUUUUAAACACAACUUUAUUUAUCGAUAAUUUUUUUAACAGUUCAUGUUGUAAUAAGGCAACAAUAAUAUGCACAUAAACAAUGUCAUAGCACUGUA